CCCUAAUCGAUCAAGGUGGCCAUGUUGUCGUGUGGCCGCAGAGCUGAACCUUGAUCAAUAAUGGCCCCUGUUUGGCCCUCCUGCCGGCCCAUGGCGACCCCGCGGGGCAUAUAGAGGGAGAGGAGGAGUGAGAGCGAGAGAGAGGAGAGAGAGAGAGACAGUGAGGGACCGUGGAGAGAAAGGAGAGGGAGAGAAAACAGCCCCUUCCUCCGCCUCCAGGUCCUCCUCCUCCUUGAGUGAUUCCGUGCCCCCUUCCGAGGACCGCUGCCCCCCCCUCUCCCCUGCCCCCCCUGCUGCCCCCCGCCCCCCCAGGACCAUAAGCCAGCAUGGGGUCCCUCAACUUGGUGGUGCCGCUGGUGAUGUGGGGGCGCGAGGCUCCCACCCACGACAUCUCCUGUGUGCUGCUGACCAGGGACGUGAAAACAGUGGUCACGGGCUCGCGGGACGGACAGAUAUGUGUGUGGGACUUUGAUCCACCGAACUUGAAGUUAACGCCACGCUGCAUGCUGGUUGGGCACACCUCAUCCGUCACCUGCCUGGCACCCGGCGGCGCGGCCCACGGCACAUCCUUCGUGGUCAGCUGCUCAGAGACUGGGGAGAUGUGCACCUGGGACCUGAGGGAUGGAAGAUGCGUUGAGGUGCUCAGGUCUGCAAACGUACACACCUCAAUGACGGCUUACCAGAUGAUGAAUGUGGAUGAAGUGCGUCUCUUCUGCGUUGGGAACUACCCCGAAAUCCUCGUCUAUGAUCCCUACACCCUCGAUAUCCUCUUCACGCUGGCUGCACGGAUACAGCCAGACUGGAUAUCCGCCCUGCACAUCCUACGCCCGCCCCGGAGGAACGACGAGGUAGUACUGGGGGUCACAACGGCUGGCUGGGUCAAGGUGUGGACGGUGAGCGAGCGAGAUGUGCGGCCGCGGGAGCCCAUCUUCGAACACGAGUCUAAGGUGAUCCACUCUCUCAACGCUCGCUGCCUCGUCUGCUGUACCUACAACCAGCGGACCGUGCUGGUGGUGUCGCAGGGGGACUGGCAGAUCUACGAUGCGGGUGACUUCUCCCAACUGUGCCGGGUGACGGUUGGGGCGGGUGAGCACUGGAUGGGCGGGGACUUCCUAUCCGCGGACCGGAUUAUCGUGUGGACCAACCAGGGUCAUGCGCACAUCUACAAGCUGCCCACCAACUGCAUCGUGGAGAGCCGUGCCUUCCACAACAAGCAGGUGGAAGGGGACAAUCCACUUCUGUACGGCAUCGUGCGGCCAAAGAGCGAGGAGCAGCUGAUCAACGCCCCAGCCUGGCAGUUCAUGACCAUCCCCUUGGAGAGCGGGGCGGAGAAACUACUACUGCGGGGCGACUGUGAGGGGCAGAUAAUGUUGUGGAGGCUAGCGGAUGUGUCGGACCACCAGCUGCGCCAGGUCCAACAGGUCCAGCCCUUCCAGGCCCUGCUCUUCCCCCCCACGCUCCACCACUCCCUCGCCAAGGCCUGGGGCGAGAUGGUGCCCCCCCCUAUUGGCGUUCUGGACCAGCUGGAGGGAGAGAAGAACCCCCCGCGCAUCACCUCCUCCCUGUUCCUGCCUCUGCAAGGGCGCCUGGCGUGUGGGCGAGAGGACGGCUCAAUCAUCCUGGUGCCCGCCACGGAGACCAUCAUGCUCCACCUCCUCCACGGCAAACACCACCACUACCACAACUGGGCCCAACCGAUGGUCCUGCGAGGUCACCAGGGUCGUGUCAACUGUCUGCUGUACCCCCACGGUGAGAGCCCCCACUACGACAUGGCCCACUUGGUGUCUGGGGGCAUGGACUUCUCAAUCACCGUCUGGGACAUCUACACCGGCCAGAUGGUCCAUCGCUUCGUGGUGCAGGCCGGCCAGGUCCUGCAGCUGCUGGUCCCGCCCCCGACCUGCACGGUGAGGGGGGGGGAGAAGGGGGGAGGGGGUGAGAGGAUUGUGGUGGUGGUGGUGUGUGUGUGUUCUGUAAGUCUAAAUGAAAUCGUUGCCCUGCUAAGCCUGAAGGAGCGGAAGCUGGUGCUGCUGGCCUCCAAACACCUCUACCCCGUCACCGCCGUCAAGUGGAGACCGGAACACGAUUUUCUCAUGGUGGCAACGCAGGAUGGGUCCGUCUAUGUGUGGCAGAUGGAGACAGGCCACCUCGACCGGGUGCUGCAAGGGGUGACAGCAGAGGAGGUGCUGGGGGCCUGCGACGAGCACACCCUGGCGGUCAGCGGGGGCGGGGGCGGGGCGGGGUCCGAGUCGGGGCUGGCCAACCCCGCCGUGCACCUCUUCCGGGGCUUGAGGCACCGGAACUUGGCGGCCAUCAGACACGCAGCGCAGCGUGGCAUCCAGCAGGUCUUGGGUGAGCAGAACAACCAGCAGGAUAUCCACGACAGCUCUAAGAUGCGGACCUGCCCCCUUAUGAUCCAGGGACUCAGGACCAACAAGCAGGAUGCAAACUCCCAUGUCCUCUUCUUCGAUAUCGAGGCGCUUAUUGUCCAGCUCCUGAGUGAUGAAUACACCCUGAUGUCACCCGGCACACUGGAAGCCCACGACCUCAUCAUGAGCAGCCAGUACCAGCGGAUGAACAUGCUCACCCACCCAGCGUCACCCGAGGCCGCCAAGAAGAUUGCGGAAUUCUUUGGGAAGGUGAAGGACAAGGCAGGAGAGAUGGAGAAGAAGAUGAAGGAGAAGGACAAACAUGACCUCCUGGCCCGCGCCAAGGACAAGGCAGCAAGCAGUGUGGAGAGGAUGGUGCGGGAGCGUGACCAGCAGGGGCUGCUUUCAAAGGUCAAGGAGAGUGCGGAGAGUGUGCAAAACCUCAUUCAGAACAAGGUGGAGCAGUCUGGCUUCAGGCCCACAUCGCUGUCCUCGUCCAAAGACGGCAGCAGCAGCAGGGUCCAGAUCCCGCGCCACCUCGAUGUGACGGCCCAGACGCUUCAGAUCGGCCAAAUGCUGAUGUCUCUCCUACACUCCUGGGGCCUGGACGCUGCCCUCGACCACACCUGUGAGCACAUCUUGGGACUCCUGAAGCCCCGCGUCCCGGUGUCCUACGGCCUCAUCGCUAAGUCCGGGUACAUGGCACUCUUCAUGCCCACCUGGCACCCGGUGAGGUUGGCGGACAUGCCCCCCAUCAGCGUGCCCCCAGACCUGGCCGCCGAGCUUCCCCCGGAGAUGAUUGAGCUGGAACAUCGCACACAGGUGUUCACGGGGCGAGGCCAUUGGGAGGUGUCGCCAGCCCUCACCACACACCACCUGCUCGCCCUGGUGUCCGUAGCCAACACCCUACAGGACAUGAACGCAGCUACGCUCAUCCCCGAACAGGAGCGCCGGCGGAAGAACCACAUCCAAAACACCAAGAGCAGCGGAACAGGUGGAUCAGGCGGACCGGAGGAUGAGUUCAGCCGCCAGCAAUCCAUCAUCAAGCAGGGUUGGUCCACAUUGACGGCCCUCCACACGGUCCUGCUGCCGGAUUGCGUUACAGCCGCCGGUGGACCCCACUACCAGCCGCCCAUGGUGGAGAUACUCGCGCGGAGGUGGCAGGACCGAUGUCAGGAGGUCCGCGAGGCAGCCCAGGCCCUACUGAAGACCGAACUCAACCGCAUGGGGGUGAGGGGGCGGGAGAAGCUGGUUGAGGAGUGGUCCCCCCACCUCCCCACCCACACCGACCCCCUCCCCACUGGCCCCUCCCCCCACUACAACAGCCACCACCACCACGACAGCCCCCACAUGCAGCGCGCGGAUCACCAUGCAUCCACUGGGGGGUCAUCCUCAUCCGCUGCCUCCUCUAAUAAGGGGGGGAGCAGCGGGACCCCCUCCAGCAACCCCACCACCAACGGCACCCCCAACCAGGGCGGGGGCGGCGGGAAGGCGUGGGGCGGCAGCGAGGCGAGGCGGAGGAUGGAGCCCCACCCUCACCUGGAUGAAGACCACUACGACGAGGAGAUGGACGGCGGGGAGACAUGCCGAGAGGUGGUGGCCCAGAGUGAGGGUCGUCGCAAGCAGGCCACGGCCAUCAUCUUGCUUGGGGUCAUCGGCGCCUACCACGGACAGGACGCAGCGGAAGGGUUUGGCCUCGGCGCCCUAGCCAUGCAGACUAGUAAGGCCUUGGCAUAUCUGGUGCUGGCCCCGCCCGGUCCCAAGCUGCCCGCCCACAACCCACUGCGGAGGGCUGCCAUUGAUCUGAUAGGACGCGGCUUUCCGGUGUGGGAGCCCUACCUGGAUGUGGCCAAGGUGUUGCUUGCUCUACUUGACUUCUGCGCCGACACGGACCGCCUUGCUCCCAGCAUGAAGUACGGUCUUCCGCUUAUCCCCGAAGCGGACAGUUGCCGAACCGCCUCGAACGCACUGACGCUGAUUGCCGAGGCUCGACCGCCAGCGUUCAUCACCACCAUGGCGCGCGAGGUUGCCCGCUUCAACGCCCUGCAGCAGAACGCCCAGUCCCUGCAACUCAAUAUCCACAACACCGUCCUGCACCGCGCCAAGACGGAGAUCCUGCGUGUUAUGGAGUACCUCAUCUUGCACAAGCGAUCCCACAUCAUGGACCUUAUGGUGGAGGUGAUGGACAUCGUGCUCCACUGUGUUGACGCGGGGCACCUCAAGAGCCGGGGUCUGAGCGAGGUGUUCCCAUCCAUCUGUGGCUUCCCCCAGGUGUCCCACUGCCCCAACACCCGACGUAUAGCCACCGGGGCGAAGAGCGGGGCCAUCGCCAUGUACGAACUGCGGGCCUCCAAGUGCCAGGUCAUCCCCGCCCACACCACCUCCGUCACCGCACUGUCCUUCUCGCCGGAUGGGAAGUACCUGGCGUCCUACAGCAUGGGGGAGAACAAGUUGUCCUUCUGGCAAAGCUCAUCCGGGAUCUUCGGCAUCGGGGCGUCCCAGACCAAGUGCACCAAGACCUUCUCCACAGUUCCGGUGCCAGAUAUUGUGCGGAUGAACCCCCAGCGGAUGCCCAAGCUGGUCUGGAUAUCCAACAAGACCGUGGUGCAUAUGAUGGCGGAUGGCACGGAGCACAGGUUCAACGCAUAGGCCCCCGGCGGCGGAUGAGUGGUGGAUGACUUGCGGAUGAACGGAUGAUAUAAAGUGGGUGAGAUUGUGUCGGAAAAAAAUGAUGAGGAGAAUUUUUUUUAGGGUAGGAAUAUGGAUGAGCGGAUGGAGGAAGUUGAUCUGGAUGAGGAAGAUGGUGGAGAUUGAUGAGGUACUGCAGAAGUGGAUGAGGGAGAUAGAAAUGGAUGAAAGUUGGAAAAGGGUAAGACCAGGUAGAGUAAUUCUGAGUUUGAUGUGAAUGUGGAUGAGUGGAUGAACUAGGCGGAUGAGUUUUAAGCUUGAUGACGUGGAAAUAGGUCAAAUUAAGUGGAGGAACUCUUUGAAGGCGGAGGAGGUGAAAUGGAUGAGAUAGGUGGAUGAUGUGGAUGCAAAGGAGUGGAGAUAGAAGUGGAUGAAAAAGUAGAGAUUGGGUUUUUAGAAUGAUGAUUUAGAAGUGGAUGAACAGAAGAUAUUUGAAUUUGAUGGAUGAAAUUAGUACGGAUGAGAGAUGAUACAGAAAUGGGUGAUAUAAGAGGUGAUGAUAUUUGAGUUUUAUGGAUGAAAUUAAUACGGAUGAGAUGAUACAGAACCGGAUGAUUUAAGAGGUGGAUGAGUUGAAUGAUACAGAAGUGGAUGACAAUGUGGAACCGGAUGACAGCAGUGGAGGACUUUGUCACAAUGAUGGAUGCAAAAAAAAAGAGAUAUCAAAAUGGAUGACGGAUGUGGAGGAGGUGGAUGAGAUACUGUGGAAAUGGAUGAGCUGAGAAGUGGAUGAGUUUUCAGUGUGGCAAUGUGGAUAUAUGGAUGAACUAGACGGAUGAUUUUGAGUGUGUGAAGAGAAGUGGUUAUGUGGUGGAUGAAAAAGGUGGAUGAGGUGGAAACAAAGGAAAGGAAGAAGAGGAAGAAAGAAAGAAAGAAAAAGAAAAAUAUGAAAAAAAAGAAAGAAAAUAAUAAUAAUAAUAAUAAUAAUAAUAAUAAUAAUAAUAAUAAUAA